AUGGCGCCUACGGCAACGACGACGACGACGGCGGCGGAGCAGCAGCAGCACCCGAGGAAGGCGGUGGGGCUCGCGGCGCACGACGCAUCCGGCCACCUCUCGCCCAUCCGCAUCCCCCGAAGGAGCACUGGUGACGACGACGUGGCCAUAAAGGUGCUCUACUGCGGCAUCUGCCACUCCGACCUGCACACCAUCAAGAACGACUGGAGGAACGCCAUCUACCCCGUCGUCCCCGGGCACGAGAUUGCCGGGGUGGUGACGGAGGUCGGCAAGAACGUGGCGGGGUUCGCGGCCGGCGACAGGGUGGGCGUGGGCUGCAUGGUGAACACCUGCCGGGCCUGCGAGAGCUGCGAGGAGGGCGCCGAGAACUACUGCGCCAGGGUCGUCCUCACCUACAACUCCCGCGACAGGGACGGCGCCGUCACCCGCGGCGGCUACUCCGACCUGGUCGUCGCCGACGCGCGCUUCGUCGUCCGCUUCCCCGACGCCCUGCCGCUCGACGUCGCCGCGCCGCUGCUCUGCGCGGGCGCCACCGUGUACGCCCCCAUGCGGCGCCACGGGCUGGGCGCGCCCGGCAGCCACGUGGGCGUGAUCGGCCUCGGCGGGCUCGGGCACGUCGCCGUCAAGUUCGCCAGGGCGUUCGGGGCGGCGAAGGUGACGGUGAUCAGCACGUCGCCCGGGAAGCGGGAGGAGGCGCUGGAGCGGCUGGGCGCGGACGCGUUCGUCCUCAGCACCGACGCGGCGGAGAUGAAGGCCGCCGCGGGCACCAUGCACGGCAUCGUCAACACGGCGUCCGCCGCCGCGUCCCUGCACCCGUACCUGGCGCUCCUCAAACCCCACGGCAAGAUGAUCCUGCUCGGCAUCCCCGAUAAGCCCCUGCAAGUCUCCGCAUUCGCUCUCAUCGGCGGCGGCAAGACUCUUGCCGGGAGCUGCAUGGCGAGCAUCAGCGAGACGCAGGAGAUGCUAGACUUCGCCGCCGAGCAUGGCGUGGCGGCGGACGUCGAGGUGAUCGGCGCCGGGGAGGUGAACGCGGCCAUGGAGCGCCUGGCCAAGGGCGACGUCAGGUACCGCUUCGUCAUCGACGUCGGCAACACCCUCAAGGCGGAUUGA